AUCAGCCACUCGCCCUAAGGCCACAGACACUCAGGAGUUCAGAGGGUGAGAUGACAACACCCAGAAAUUCAAUGAGUGGAACUCUCCCGGUAGAUCCUAUGAAAAGCCCUACUGCCAUGUAUCCUGUUCAAAAAAUAAUUCCCAAAAGGAUGCCUUCAGUGGUGGGCCCUACACAAAACUUCUUCAUGAGGGAAUCUAAGACACUGGGGGCUGUCCAGAUUAUGAAUGGGCUCUUCCACAUUGCCCUAGGCAGCCUCCUGAUGAUUCACACGGAUGUCUAUGCGCCCAUCUGUAUAACUAUGUGGUACCCUCUCUGGGGAGGCAUUAUGUUCAUCAUUUCUGGAUCACUCCUGGCAGCAGCGGACAAAAACCCCAGGAAGAGUUUGGUCAAAGGAAAAAUGAUAAUGAACUCAUUGAGCCUCUUUGCUGCUAUUUCUGGAAUAAUUUUUUUGAUCAUGGACAUAUUUAAUAUUACCAUUUCCCAUUUUUUUAAAAUGGAGAAUUUGAAUCUUAUUAAAGCUCCCAUGCCAUAUGUUGACAUACACAACUGUGACCCAGCUAACCCCUCUGAGAAAAACUCUUUAUCUAUACAAUAUUGUGGCAGCAUACGAUCUGUUUUCUUGGGCGUUUUUGCUGUGAUGGUGAUCUUUACCUUUUUCCAGAAACUUGUGACAGCUGGCAUUGUUGAGAAUGAAUGGAAAAAACUGUGCUCUAAACCUAAAUCUGAUGUAGUUGUUCUGUUAGCUGCUGAAGAAAAAAAAGAACAGCCGAUUGAAACAACAGAAGAAAUGGUUGAGCUGACUGAAAUAGCUUCCCAACCAAAGAAAGAAGAAGACAUUGAAAUUAUUCCAGUCCAAGAAGAAGAAGAGGAACUGGAAAUAAACUUUGCAGAACCUCCCCAGGAGCAGGAAUCUUCACCAAUAGAAAACGACAGCAUCCCUUAAGUAACGUUUUUCUUUCUGUUUCCUUUUCUUAGGCGUUAGUGUUCACAGCUUUCAAGAGACAUAUCCACCCCUGUUUCCUGAGGCCCCCUGCAGGUGGGCCUCCUCCAUGUGUCUCUCUGGCCUUUGCAUGGAGUGACCACAGCUCGCUUGCGCUAGCUCGCUCUCUUUCUCUCAUGCAGAGGAUGCAGCCAUUGCAGGAGGCUAAGUCGGGCAGCUUAUUUACAUUACAGCAAGGCAGACUGUAAUUUCUCACUAAACUUUUCCCUGGAUAAAGCUU